UGCGAGAAGCGGAAAUUGUCGGUCAUUCAUAAGUUCGCGCGUAAAAUUAGGCCACAAUCUUACGCAGCCUUUAACAUGAUCUUAACAGCAAUACUUGUUGCGAUUGUGGGCGCCUUGAGCGCUAUCUACAUGUGGUUUCAGCAAAGACACUGCUAUUGGAAGCGUAACGGAGUGCCUUAUAUAGAGCCUACCCCGAUUUUGGGUAAUACCCUUACAGUGUUUAAGCAGAAGAGCUCCUUUGGCUUGCACAUCUCAGAAAUAUACAAUGAUCCGCGGAUGAAGGAUGAAGCUGCCGUUGGCAUCUAUGUGAUAAAUCAGCCGGCAUUGGUAUUAAGGGAACCCGAACUAAUUAAAUCUGCGUUAAUUAAAGACUUUAAUCGUUUCUCUAACCGAUACGGUCGUUCUGAUCCACAUGGUGACACGCUUGGUUCACAAAAUCUAUUCUUUGUGCGCAAUCCGGAAUGGAAGGAAAUUCGCACUAAACUGACGCCCGUCUUUACCAGUGGAAAAUUAAAAGCAAUGUAUCCUCUCAUGCAGGAGAUAGCUGCCGACUUGGAGUCACAUUUGGCAAGACAUAAUCCGGGCCAGACUAAAAAAUACAUUUCGGAUUUGAAGGAUAUUUGCUCUAGGUUUACAAUGGACUCUAUAUCUGCCAUUGCGUUUGGGGUAAAUGCUGAUAGCUUGCAAAAUCCAAAGGGGGAGUUUUAUGAGCAGGGGCGCAAAGUCCUCACGGCGACGCUUUUGCGCAGCAAGGACUUCUUUGUGGCUUUCUUUCUACCGAAGCUGGUUUCGUUGUUUCGCAUCAGGUUCUUCACACGAGAAUAUUCCGACUUUAUACGAAACACCAUCAAUCAUGUGAUGGAGGAACGGGAGCGCACAGCGACUAUACGAAAUGAUCUCAUUGAUGUAUUGGUUGGUUUACGAAAGGAGGCUGCCGAGGAUCCCACGAAACCACAUUUAGCCAGAAAGAAGGACUUUCUGGUUGCUCAGGCAGGUGUCUUCGUUACCGCCGGCUUUGAGACAUCCUCGUCGGCCAUGUCGUUUGGUCUGAUGGAGCUGGCCAAACAGCCGGAGUUGCAGAAGCGUCUGAGAAACGAAAUCCAUGAAGCACUGCAGAAGGAUGGCGGAAAACUAACCUACGAGACAAUCACCUCGUUGGAAUAUCUUGGCAUGGUGGUGGAUGAGGUACUUCGUAUGUAUCCUGUGCUGCCUUUUCUCGAUCGUGAAUAUAUGAGCAUUAAGGGUACUCCGGAUCUAUCCCUGAAGCCUUACUACGACUACACACUGGAGGCUGGCAUACCAGUCUUUAUACCCGUCUAUGGUUUACAGCGUGACCCUAAAUACUGGCGAAAUCCGAAUGAGUUUGACCCGGAACGCUUUUCGCCUGAAAAUCGCAAGACAAUUAACGCAAUGGCUUAUCAGCCAUUUGGCUUGGGACCACACAAUUGCAUUGGCAGUCGAAUCGGGCUGCUGCAAGCUAAGCUGGGCUUGGUUCACUUUCUUAAGAAUCACUACGUACGCACCUGCUCCGAAACCGUAGAGGAUAUUGAAUUUGAUCCGAAUACUUUUGUUCUCCAACUAAAGAAGGGACUUUACCUUGAAAUUGUUAACGAUAAGCUCUACGAUGAUAGUACUAAGAAUUUUAUAUGAUUCGUUUCGUUAAUAAGUACAUUCAACAUAUUUUUAUAACUCUAAUGAAUGGUGCAAUAUAAAAUCUUUAAAACCAAAAUCUGUCAAAUAUUUGAGCAGUAGUUUCUUGUAGUAGACAUUAAAUCCAAGAACAAUUGAGUGAAGAUUGAAUAGAAUGCAAUUGUUGGUCUUUUCGACUUGUCAGUUGACGUCGAUGUUCAAUUUCGAUUAUUUUAUUAUAUAAGAAUAAUGUAAACAACUAUUUAAGUAGAGCU